CCCUCCCCAUGGCGGAGGAGUAACCCCGAGAGCCAUCCCUCCACCCCCGUCCCUCCAAAAUCAGGGCUUUCCCUCCCUUUUGCCGGGGUUUCUGGUUUUUUUCCCGGUGUUUUUUGGGGCCGGAAUGGUGGGGAAUUCUUGAAUCUGGGGUGAUUCGGUUCUGGUGGCUCUCUUCCUCGAUCGGGAUUCUUUUUUCAGUUUUCCCUUCUCUCCAAAAUCGUAGCUUUCCCUUAUUUUUCCCCUUCUCUCUCUCUCUAUGCGUGUUUUUUCCUUUGGAGUUCUUUGGGGGCUGGAAUGAUUAGAGAAUGGUGAAUUUGAUUUGAAUUGGGCAAGGGUUUCUGUUAUUUUAUUGGGGUUUGUUUUUGGGUGGAUUUGUUAGUGAGGCUAUGGCGUCGGAGGGGAUUCUUUCUGUAUCAGUGGCGUCGGCGGUGGAGAACGUGAUGAAUCAGCAUAAUUCGAGGCUAAGCGACAGCAGUUUGGCUUCAAGAAAGGAAGAGGAAGCAGCGACAAGAAGGUAUGAGGCAGCUGGGUGGUUGAGGAAGAUGGUUGGGGUCAUUGGUGGUGCUAAAGAUUUACCAGAAGAGCCUUCCGAGGAGGAAUUCAGAAUCGGUUUGAGAAAUGGGAUAAUUCUUUGCAAUGCGCUCAACAAGGUUCAUCCUGGUGCAGUGCCAAAGGUGGUAGAAGCUCCUGCAGAUUUUGCUGUUCUCCCAGAUGGAGCAGCUUUGUCAGCAUAUCAGUACUUUGAAAAUUUAAGGAACUUUCUUUGUGCACUCGAAGAGAUGGGUCUCCCCACAUUCGAGGCAUCUGAUCUACAAAAGGGAGGUAAAGGCUCAAGGGUAGUUAACAGUGUCUUGGCUCUUAGGUCCUACCAUGAAUGUAAACAGAAAGGCAGAAAUUUUUCCUGGAAAUAUGGUGGAGUGUUGAAACCCGCCAGCACAGGGAAAUAUUUCGUAAGCAAAAACUCGGAACCUUUCAUGUAUUCCUUGUCUAGGACCCAAGCAGGUGACAAAUUCCAGGAUGGCUUAUCACUGGAGCAGAACUUAAGUGCAGACUUUUCAAUAGAAUCAACUGAAAUGACAACAUCACAUUCUCUGAAUAUGCUUGUCCGCACUAUUCUAUCAGAUAAGAAGCCUGACGAAGUUCCAAUGCUUGUAGAAUCAAUGUUAAGUAAAGUCAUGAAAGAAUUUGAGCGUCGUACUGCAAGCCAAAAUGAGAUGGUGAAAACAACUUUGAAGGACCUGGCAGAUGAUAAUAUCUCCAACGAUUGUCUCUCCAAACAGGAUGUUUUGUCAGAGGAUUCAUCUGCUUCUGAUGAAACAAAGGGCUUGAUUGAUGACAACACUGAUGACAAUAAUUCCUUCUCUGAGAUGAAUGUUUUGAUGGAGGUCUCUUCUGCUUCUGGUGAAAUGAAGAUGGAUAUGGUAGAUAAAAUUCAUGUCUGCUCGAAGGAUGAAGAUACUCUAAAUGAGAGGCUUCAAAAGCGACACAUAAUUGUUUAUCAACAACAAAGAGAGAUUCAGGAACUGAAACAUGCCCUUCACAUGACUAGAGCCGGCAUGGAGUUCAUGAAAUCACAAUGCUCUGAGGAGUUUAGCAGUCUUGGCAAGCGUUUGCAGAUCCUUGCCCAUGCUGCUUUAGGUUAUCAUAAAGUUCUCGAGGAAAACAGAAAAUUAUACAAUCAAGUGCAAGAUCUUAAAGGAAACAUUAGGGUUUACUGCCGUGUGAGACCUUUUCUUCCUGGACAAUUUGGUAGCAUGAGCACUCUCAGCCGUAUUGAUGAUGGAAAUAUUACAGUCAUGACCCCUGCAAAGAACUGCAAAGAAGGGCAUAAAACUUUUACCUUCAAUAAAGUUUUUGGCCCAACUGCAACUCAAGAAGCGGUCUUUUCAGACACCCAACCUCUUAUUCGUUCAGUUCUUGAUGGUUACAAUGUCUGUAUUUUUGCAUAUGGCCAAACGGGAUCAGGAAAAACGUAUACAAUGAGCGGACCUAAAGAACUUACUGAGGAAGCUCUUGGUGUAAAUUAUAGGGCAUUAAAUGACCUGUUUUAUAUCUCAGAACAGAGAACGGACACAUUUUGUUAUGAGAUUGCUGUUCAGAUGAUCGAGAUAUAUAAUGAGCAAGUGAGAGAUCUCCUUUCAAAUGAUGGCGGGAACAGAAGAUUAGAAAUUCGUAACAGCUCACAAAAAGGACUUAAUGUACCCGAUGCAAAUUUGGUCCCUGUUGCAUCAACUUCUGAUGUUAUCGAAUUGAUGAAUCUUGGUCAAAAAAAUCGGGCAGUGAGUUCAACAGCCAUGAAUGACCGCAGCAGUCGCUCUCACUGUUGCCUCACCAUUCAUGUUCAAGGAAGAGACUUGACCUCUGGGAACAUUCUUCGAGGAUGCAUGCAUCUAGUUGAUUUGGCAGGGAGUGAAAGAGUAGAUAAAUCCAAGGUCAAAGGAGACAGGCUGAAGGAGGCACAACAUAUAAACAAAUCUCUUUCAGCAUUAGGAGAUGUAAUAUCUGCCCUUGCCCAAAAGAACACACAUGUACCUUACAGGAAUAGCAAACUCACACAAUUACUUCAAGAUUCUCUUGGAGGGCAAGCCAAAACGCUGAUGUUUGUCCACAUAAGCCCAGAGGUAGAUGCCAUUGGUGAGACCAUAGGCACUCUCAAAUUUGCUGAGCGGGUUGCCACUGUUGAGCUAGGCGCUGCCAAGAAAAACAAAGAUAAUGGAGAAAUCAAAGAACUCAGAGAGCAGAUAGCUAGUCUUAAGGCAGCAUUGGCUAGGAGAGAGGGAGAAACUGAACACGUAAGAAGUACAAUGUCCAGCCCUGAUAUACACAGGAUGAAGUCUGGUGCAAGCUCACCAUCAUUUCCAAGAUUCGGACAGCCAAUGGAGGAUGUUGGAAACAUAGAGUUCCAGAGCAAUUCUGCACUGAUGCAAAAGAAGGCAGACUAUGAUAUCCAAGAGUUAUCGAUGGAAACCAAUCCUUCUCCAUGGCCAGAGAGCUGUCCUGUAAUCCAGAAGAUGGAUGACAAAGAAACAAGUUCUGGAGAGUGGGUCGACAAGGUCAUAAUUAACAAGCAUGAGGUUGUCAUAGGGGUUGAAGAUUCCCCAAGAGAUUCAGAAGGAGAUGACACACAACCCGCUGUUUAUUCUUAUAAAAAAAUUAGUCCUGAUGCAGGAAUUUACAAUGAACAGCAUAGAAAUCAGGCUGAGUCUGUAGCAUCUGAUGAUUCAGAUGAUCUGGAUUUGGCGGCCAGUGAUUCUUCAGAACAAGAUAUGCUAUGGCAGUUUAGUAUUCCGAAACCUACUGCGGCAGUCAGUGCAGUAGGAUCAAGGAUUAAGAAGCCUCAAACAAAGCCAAUAAAGAGUCUGCAUGUCGGGACGUCCCUCAUCCAAUCUCCAUCUCGAGAAGUGUCGAAUGGGCCUGGCCAAACAAUGCGCCAGCCAGGGAGGAUUCCUGUUUCCGGUGGCAUUGGUGGAAAGAGGCCGGUUAGUGGAAAGGUGCCAAGUGGAAGCGGUUGUACAGGUACCUUAUGCUAAUACGAGUACCAAGCAAGGCGACUGCCUUCGUGCUUAUUAGCUGCUUGAUGCCUAAGCAGGUGAGUGACAUACAGUAAGCAGUUCAUCUAUUGUCUAUGAUUAUACCUAUGUAUAUUAACCUGAGUUAUAUGUACUACAUAGCUACUAUGUUUAUGAAGAACUUGUAGUAAUACUAUAUAAAAAAUUAAAUGAAUCAUAUAGAAUUCAUGCAAUUAGCUUUUCUUUUCUUUAACAUAUUCUGUUCUCUUUCUGUGUCAUAUCACUUAAUAAAACAAAAAGGUAUGAGGAAGUACAGCCACAAUAUUCAAAAUCCAGCCAGAACAACAUUUAAAUCCCCCAACUAAAUCCUCUCCUCUGUCCUAAUAUUUUCUUCUUCUAGACAGUUGAGAAUUCAAAUUCCUUACUUUUGACGUUCCCCACCUAGUUUGUUCAUUUAUUGGCACUACUUAAAGGGCCUUUAGAGAGUAGUAGGUCAAUUAGAGGGCCAUGUACAUCCUGAGUUUGCCUUUCAGUAAAAAGAUUCUAGUCUGUGUUUGAGUUCACCAAUCCUUGAUAUUCCUUAACUGAAGAAAUUCUAAUAAUACUUUGUACAAGUACCUUUUGUGUAAUGUCAGAAUAAAAUCUUGAAGAAAGCUAUUGGCAUCUUUCAGCAUCUCAUCUCUAAUUGUUCAACAUUGUAGCCUUAAGUUCUUAUCCUUGGGUGACAUCAGAACCUGAGCUGAGAUGACUGCCAAUACCGUUGCAGAGUAUCUGCAUAGUCACAUGGUUUAAAAUUCUUAUCUGGAUUAAUGUAAAAUUGUCCAAGUACUAUAGACCUUCCCCAAGUUUAUGUUGACUUGAUGAAGAAUAUCAAGCUUUUACGAUUAUAUGGUGAAUAUUUCAUGAAUAACUCUGGAUUUUUUAAAAAUAUAUCCAUUCUGUUUUUGGUGUCUUUCAUUAAUUUCUGGCAUAUUCCCAUGUUUUAAAAAAUUGCAAAUUUUCCCACGACAAUAAUGUUGAAUACCAAAUUUAUUACUAUGUUUAAAUGCAUAAUGCAUAUUGUUAUUAUAUUUACAAUGUAAGUGUAGCCUUGUGGCCUUAUCAACAUGAUGCAGGGUUUGGCAUGUGUCAAUGUGAAUUAAACUAAUUCCAUAUUUUAAAUUUUAGUGUUUUGUAUGUUAAUAUAGAUUAAACAGGGUACAGGAUGGACACAUCAAAAUAAUGCAAAUGCAGCAAUUCAGCUUACACACUGAUAUGAGACGUAAACAAGAAUCUAUACUAGGACUUUUUUAUAGGAGAAUAUGCUUGAUACUAGUCAAGUAAGCCACAUGCACCAUGCUGAAUUUCACUAGCAGGUAGGUGCUUCAUAAAUGAACUUGCUUAAAGAAAUAUUGACAUCAAAACUAUAUUAAGGAAAGAGCUGCCUGUUAUGCCGUCUAUAUCCUAAUGCUAAGAUCAAUCCAUAUCUGCAAUCCCUGAUCAUUUAAUAUCUCCUAGUCAUUAGCCAAUGCAAAGACCACGAUAUAAUUUAGUAAAAAU